CACACACACCAUCACCAUGAGCGGCAAGCGGUCAAACGUCUCGCUGCUGACCGAGGGCGCGAGCUACAUCCGGCGCGCGAAGAAGGCGCGGCAGGAGCAGGUCGAGGAGGUGAAAUUUGACGACAGCGCAAGGCGAGAAUACCUUACCGGCUUCUCCAAGCGCAAAAAGGAGCGCAUCGAGACCCGGCGCAAGAAGGCAAAGGAGCGCGAGCACCAGGAGCACCUCGAGGAGCGGCGCAAGGCGCGCCAGGAGCUCAAGGAGCGCGCGGCGCAGAAUGUGCGCGAUGUGCGCAAGGCGAUGGGGCUGCCCGAGCUCGAGGAGGUUGAAGACGACGAGAGCGACGCCGAGCGCGAGGACAUCGAGGAGGCGUACUCGGACGACGACCAGAUCGCGACCGUGACCAUCACCGAGGAGUUCGACCCCGCGUCGGCUGCGGAGCGCACAUACGUCGACAGCGAGGACGAGGAGGCCGAGGAGAGCAAGAUCAAGAGCCGGCCCGCGGUCCCGCUCCUGCCCGCCUCGUCGCACAAGGCCCAGCUCAAGGCCAAGAAGGACAAGGAGAAGAAGGCCCUCGCGAAGAAGGAGCAGCGCAAGGCCGCUAGCAUGGAGACGCCCGCCGAACGCCGCAGGGCAAAGGAGUACGAUGCGCGUAAGCGCCAGAAGAAGAUCGACAAGAUCAAGGAGCAGAACGGCGGCGAGAUGCCCCGCUUCAAGUCUUCUGGUGGCAAGGGCGGCAAGGGCGGCAAGGGAGCCAAGGGUAAGAAGGGGGGCAAGCCCGCUGGCAAGGGACGCAAGUAGGACAGGACAUAGACCAUGUUGUGC